AUAACAGUAUAUACUCGUCCGUUGUCUUAGCGACAGUCGCUAGUCCCGUUCUCUGCUUCCCAAUCCGCUCUUUGGAUAGUUCCCGAAGAUGACCAACUGUGAUAAUGCGGAAGAUAUUUUACGGCCACUAUCUCGGCAGGAGUUGGUCGAUCUGCAGGAAUUGUAUUACAAAAGGGGGCCCAUAGAAUUGCCCUUUUAUUUUAUUAUUAAAAAUCAAUUAAAAUGGGACGAUCAAAUACAGCAAUUGGGAGCGAAGGCGGAAGAGCGACCCUUGUCGGUGAGAGCAUAUCUGAAGUUCUAUACCCCCCGGUGCGGAAACCCGAAAGAAACCGGAACGUUUGUAGCGAUAACCGGUGACGAAGAUCCAACAAUUUACUUCCAUACCCUGGAGGAAGAACCGGAUAAAUUGUUUAAAUAUUUGACCGAAACAAAUUACAUCAAUUAUCGAUGUAAUCAAGUUUUUGCCGCUUUAAGUGAUCAACAUUUAGAAAUUCUGGACCGUAUUUUGGACAAAGUUCAUUGUACUGCUGAAGCGUUAUCCGAUUGUGCGUAUUACAUGAUGUCGAAUGAGGAAGCGUUGAUGCAAAAUUAUGAGGUCCCAAAGGAUGUAAUUAUGAAGGAACUAGAGCCAUCUUUCUCCAACUUGAUGAACGAGCGAUGGCCUCAUCGAUAUCCAAACUCGGAAAAGUACAUCGAACUACUGAUUAAGCUGAAUGGGGGAUUGGGGCUGUUCAACAGAGACAAUGGCGAGAUAGUAGGAUGGGUGCUGAAGAACGAGUUUGCUGGCGUUGGCCAUCUUCAAAUCAUGCCUAACUACCGCCAAAAAGGCUACGGUAUGAUCUUGGCGAAAGCCAUGACCAAAAGGAUCGCCCAGGAGGAUGGCGGAAUAGUUAAUGCAUUCAUCGUGGACAAGAAUGUGAAUUCAAGACUUCUAUUCGAUAAGCUUGGAUACAAAAUGGUAGCCGGUUCCAACUGGAUACGAGCUAAUUUUACGCAAUAGCGAAAGUGUAACCACCACUCUAAAAUGUGACUCGUCCUAUGAAGCAAGGAACUUGUGAUAAACCAGCUACUGAAAUGUGUAAACUACGCUUCAGGAUAAAUCAAUGUUAUGAGCAAACCGUUACAAAUAAACAAAUUAAACUAA